AGGAGAAGUAAAAACACAGCAGUGGAUGAAUGAUGAUCUAACGUUUCAGAAAUCACAGCUUGAGCAUGAUGUCUGUCAAUGCCAGGCCAAAUUGGAGAUGGUAAUGGCUGAUAAAGCUGCUCGUGAGCAGGAACUAAGUCAUUCUAAACUGUUACUUGAGCAGGCAGAGGCCAAGUGCUCCAUGGCUCAGAGGAAACUGGAGGACCUUGUAAAUGAAAACCAAGUUCUUAUUCAUCAGAGCCCCACAUUUCAGAGGAAAAUAAUAGUGGGGGAAAUUAAAAAGGAAAAUGUUCAAAGUGAAGUCCAUGCUCAGCUGUUUUUACCAUUAGUCAGUCAUUCCAGUGAGUCUCAAUCAAAUAUACUUAGAGAAUAUCAAAGAGUAAAAGAGGAUUUACAGCAAAAGUGUGAUGAGUUAGUAUUGGUCCAGAAACGGGCAGAAAUGUCUGAGGAGAAAGCUCAAAGUUAUAAAAAGCUGUUGGAUGAUAAAGAUAACAGACUCAAGAAGCUUCAGCUGGACAUGGAAGCAGAGAGGUUCAGCCUGAGACAGAAAUUAGAAGAUCUUCAUGAGCAGACACUUGCCAUGCAGGAAACCAUCUCUGAACUACAAGAGGAAGUCAGAUCUCUCCACAGGGCAAAAUCCUCACUAGAGCAAAAUACUUUUUUCCAAAAUACAGAAGUUGAAGGUCUCAAAGAGCAGCUGAAAAUUACUCAAGGAGAAAUUCACAGAAGGAGCUCAUUGGAUCAGGAAAACAUUCAAAAGAUUAGCCAUUUAGAGGAAGAACUAGCUUCUAAGCAGGUGGUAAUAAAUCAGCUUAAUUUUAAAUGCACUGAUCUUAGAAGAGUAAACAAGUCAUCCGACAGUGAUCUGAAAGCUUUUCAGCUACAUACCGAGUCGCUGGAAAAAGAAAGAUCCUAUUUAGAGCAAAAGAUGAAGUCCCUAAAGAGUGAAACUCAGAACUGGAAAGAACAACUUCAAGAGGCAAAGGAGGAACUUGCAGUAAUGAAGAGAUCUGAGCAGGAGUGCUUGUUCAAAUGUAAAAGUCUCGAGGCAGGAAUUCAAAAUUGUGAAUUUGUGGCUUCUCAGUUGCAGAAGAAAGCAGAUGAGUCGAAGCAGGUAAAUGCUGACUUGGAAAAUACUUUGAAGAAUACAAGGGACAAAAAUGAUCAGGCGGUAAUGGAAAUAGACAGAAAAGAUCAAAAAAUUGAAAUUCUAAAGUCUCAGGUAGAAGCAGCCAAAUCACAGAUCAAAAUUAUUGAGGGGGAGCUCUAUACAAAAUCCCAGAACGCCCAUGAGCUUCAAGUAAAAUUAAAGGAUCACAGCGAGAAUGUAAAGACCUUAACUGAACAAAACUCUACGUUCAACUGCAAUGUCAUAAACUACCAGAGAGAAAUAACAGCGCUGAAAUCAGAUCUGAAGUCUGCUUUAGCAGAGAAGGAAGUAGCAAAACAGAAGGUCCACAUGCAAAGUGUUGAAAUUGACGAUUUGAACACAAUGUUGAAAAACAAAAAUGCAGAAAUUCAGAGGGGAUCUUCUUUGAUUAACAAACAUCUCAGCAAAGUGAACGCAUUAGAAGACGAGCUUUUUAGAUAUGAGCACAAUGUCAAGGAGCCAACAAGGAGCUCAGACAAAAUGACAGGGAAUUUAAAGCAGGAGAUUCUUGUUUUGCAGAUGGGGAAAAAAGCUGCAGCGGAAAAUGCAGAAAAUUUGAAUGUUAAAGUCUCAGAGUUGAUCUCUUCUCUGCAGACGGUAAAAGAGGAAUUAGCUAAAGAGAGCAAAGAAAGAAAAAACAAAGAAUCUCUAAUAAUGCAGCUUGAAUGUGAGCUUCAGAAAAAUAAAACAUUGACAGAAGAAAUGUCUAAAUCAGACCAAUCCCAAUCAUGUAUCCAACACGAAAAUUCAGUCCUUAAGAAAGAGAAAACUGAUGCUUUAAAGAAAAGUGUGUCAUUGGAGUCUGAAAUCAAAUUGCUAAAGGAAAAGCUGCCGUGUAACCAAGCAGAAGCUGAGAGAAUACAAAAAGAGAAUUCUUUGCUCUGGCUGAGGACCCAGCUGAUGGAGGAACAAGUCGGGAAGUGCAAGAGAAUGCUUGAGGAGUUGAAAAGUAAGAUGGAACUUCAGAGACAGGGAUACGAAAGGCAUCUGAUGUUAAUGCAGAAAGAAAUGGAAAAGAAUGUGAUGUUAGCAGAGUCAGAAAUACCAAGUGAGAGUAAUGUGUCAAAACGUUCGCAUGGUACAGAAUUACAAAAGAUGCGCACCGAGUAUUUCAAGGAGGAGGUUCAAGUAUUGAAAUCAGCCCUACAAAAUACAUCAGAAUUAAAGCAGCAAGUUGAGAUCAGAAUAGACAAAUUGGAGCAAGAAAAAAAUAUGCAUGACCAAGAUUUACUAAAAACAAGAUUGCAAAAUGUUCAACUUGAAGAGGACAAAUUAUACUCAAAGUCGAAUGCUUCACAAAGAAAGGAACGUUCAACACAGCUUCUGAGAGAUGUUAAUUGCAAACUGACGCCAAAGGGAGCAAGCUCUCAUUCUGAACAAUUUAAGUCCACCAAAGAUGUUACAACUCUUCAGGGUGUUAUAAUGGAGAAAGAAAACAAGAGGUUUAGGAAACAGAAAGUCACCAAUGGCGGCCAUCAAUCUAUGAAAGACUUGGAGGAUGCUAUCCUGAAGACACACUAUACAGCCACGCAGAAUCUGGAGCCACAAUGCAGCAAGGAGGAGAUUCUCCAAAUGAAAAGCUCCUCAGAGAUGCCAACAUUGCAGAAAGAAGACAUUCCUAAUGAUUUCAAACGAGGUGAAAUCAAAGUCAUUCCGAGUCAGACAACUUUGAAUUCAAUUUCUCAAAAUCCCACAUUUCUACAAAAAGAAAAUGCAACUGAAACGUAUCAGAUUUACUCGGGUAAGAGUCUCAUCCCCAAUACGCAGGGAUUCAUGGCCCUGUGUGCACCUACAGACUACCAGAGAGAAAAACACAGCAUCUUUACGACAAGAACUUAUCAGCUCAAAGAAACUCCUGAAGCAAGCGCUACACCAUUGAACAGUGCUACAGAAAGUAGAGACAGUCUCAGCUUGUGGAAUACAACUGCAUUGAAUCUCACAGAUCUCAAAAGAAGCACGACCUUUCAAAACCUAAUCAAAUAUAAGCUUUUGGAUGAAGAGAUUUUCGAUAAAUUAGAGCUGGGACUUACCACAAUAGACAAGGUGCAAGCAUCAAUUGCGCCCUAUGUUGACAAACCAACUGCCAUUGCUGGAGUUUAUGUGGAGUCAAGUAAAAAAAAGGCUUCCUUCUUAGAGGCAGCUGAGAAGGGUUUCUUGGCAAAGAUGUAUGCGGUGGAGUUUCUGCAAACUCAGGCAGCAACGGGAAGCCUCACUGAUCUGACCACAGGUCAGAUAUAUUCUCUGGACGAGGCUCUGGAGAGAGGAAUUUUUGAAUUAAGCUUAAAAGAUAAGUUGCUGGAGGCUGAGAAAGCUUUUAGUGGCUAUAUCCACGCUGGCAAAAAGCUGUCUGUGUUCCAGGCGAUGGAGGAGAAUAUUCUUGAGCGAUACAAAGGAAAGAAGAUCCUUGAAGUACAGAUAGCCACUGGUGGCGUGAUUAACCCAGAGGGUGGUUUCAGAAUGCCAGCCACCAUUGCUAUUGAGCAUGGCUUUCUAAACAAGGAGACUCUUCAAAUUUUGUAUGAUCCCGUCCGCAACCCCAAAGGUUUUCACAACCCUGAUACAGGCCAGAAAGCAUACUACUCUGAAAUACUAAAGGCAUGUCUUUAUGACAUUGACGGGGGGGUCUUUCUCCUUCCACUUGGGGACAGGCACCUUACAAAUAGCUCUCCCACAAGUUCACACCGAGUGUCUGUUGUCAGCAGCAGCUGUGGCACUGAGAUGUCUGCACAUGAAGCCUUCAAGAAGAAACACAUCAACAAGCAGACCUAUUUGUUUCUGUCGCAACAGGAGAGUGAAUGGCACGAGACGACCGAUGAUGAUGCCAGCGGAGGUUUGCGUCACAUCAUCACCGAUGUCAAAAAUGGAAGAAAGCUUUGUCUAGAGUCUGCGCUUAGUCAAAGAUUUCUUGAACCGUCUGAGCUAGAACGGUAUAGGAGUGACCUUCUUAGUAUCUACGAGAUUGCCGACAUAAUAUUUUCAAGAAUGGUUGUUGUGGAGGAUGUGAACAGCCCCAUUGCAGGUCUUUGGGACCUCACCCAGAAGAAGAGGCUGUCUGUUCUUCAGGGAUUUCAACAGGGCCUUAUUGAUGGGACGACUGCCUUGAGAUUGCUGGAGGCUCAGGCCUGCACCGGAGGUAUUUGUGAUCCCUUUUCUGGGGAAAAACUUAAAGCUACUGAUGCAGUCAGUAAAGGUCUUUUAAAUGAGAAAUUUGCUCAGCAACUACAGCAGUUUGAGCAAGCAUUCAAUGGCAUCACUCACCCCAAGACUGCAAAGCCUGUGUCGAUCACUCAGGCAGUCCAGGAAAACCUCUUACCUAAGGAUGUCAGCGCUCGCUGUAUUGAGUUCCAGCUUCUGACUGGCGGAUUGAUAAACCCCGACACUCACGACAGAGUCUCGCUGGAGGAAGUCAUUCAGAGGGGCCUCAUUGACAAAGCCAUGGCCUCAGCCAUCAAAGAUGAGAAGUCCCACACCAAACGCCUCACUUGUCCAAAGACCAAGAGGCGAAUCACAUUCAAAGAAGCGCUAGAAAGAAGUGUUUAUGACCGCCACACUGGUUUAAGAUUACUGGAGGCUGCUAAAGCUCAAGGUUUUGGAGCCUUAUCAACUUCACGUUACAGAAAUUUGAAAUAAAAACUUAUGGGCUUUCUUGUUAAAAAGGGAACGCUGGAAAAAAGACUUAUUUUUGGCUCUGUGUGUAGCUAAAAUAUGUUUUACCUUUAAACAACAUUUACUGUACUUCAAUGUGGAAUCUUUACAUUUGCCUUCAUUUGAUGUUGCUACAGUUUUUGGAUACUGUAAGUUAACACCCUUUUUUCUAAUAGCCUUGUCCAUCCUUUUGCAGAAAACCUGAGUUCUUUAUUGGCUACUUUUUGAGUUUUUACUUAUUUGGUUUAUAGUUUAAUAGGAAUCAUCUUCAUUUGAAAAUGCCUUUCCAUUUGUACUGACCAAAGCACAAAAGUAAGACCUGAACCUCUGUACUAUUUGAUCUUGGUCUGUUUACCCUCUGGCCAUUGUUCAGUUCUGUUUUGUAAUGUGAAUUUACUAUUUGAAGAACGUGAGAUUCAACACUUUUGCUUUUCUUUACGAAUAGCUGAUAUUCUCACACCAUCAACCUGUUCUGAUUCCAGAGAUCUGUGGAUGAAGAGAAGCGAGAGCAUGGUGAUAAAGUUAGAAAACUAUUAGAUUGGAU